GAAGACGGAAUAUGGAGGACUGAGGCGCACUUCCGCUAAAAUUUACAACUUUCAAAUAUCAUUAACAUUUUGGAAUAACUAUCAGAAAUAAUAUCUGAUUUUUUUUUUUUUAAAUAUAUGACGCACUUACUUGUUUGAAUUUUCUAUAAUGUUAAGCUGUAACAUAAACAUCUAGCACUUAAGCGAGCUUCUACGGUUACGUUCUUGUAGUUAACGUACUCUUUCAUGCUUAAGUAGUUAGCAUACGCUUACACUCUUCCGUAGUUUGGGAUACUCUUACACUCUUAAGUUGUUAGCAUACUCUUAUAUUCUUGUGUAGUCAGCAUACAAUUGCCGUUAGCAUACUCUUACAUACUCUUACAAUCGUAUGUAGUUAGCAUACUCUUACAUUCUUGUGUAGUUAGCAAACAAUUACACUCUUAUGUUGUUAGCAUACUCUUACACACUUAUGUAUUUAGCAUACCCUUAUACUCUUAUGUAGUUAGCAUACUCUUACACUCUUAUGUAUUUAGCAUACCCUUAUACUCUUAUGUAGUUAGCAUACUCUUACACUCUUAUGUAUUUAGCAUACCCUUAUACUCUUAUGUAGUUAGCAUACUCUUACACUCUUAGGUAUUUAGCAUACCCUUAUACUCUUAUGUAGUUAGCAUACUCUUAUAGUCAUAUGUAGUCAGGAUACUCUUACACUCUUAUGUUGUUAGCAUACUUUUAAUAUAAUUAGCAUACAUAGCCUAACCCUAUGUACUCUUUCUACAUGUAGAAUAAGCUUUAGCCUUACCGAAUAUGUAAAGUUUAUGUACUUAGAAAAUGUCAUAAACUCAUAGGCUCAGUUUCAGUGAGAAGUUUAGCUGCUUUGUUUACAGUUCAAAGACCUGGAUAUUUUGACUAGCUAGUUAAGGACUUAGCAUUAGCGCGUUAGUGCAUGACUUAGCUAGCUCUUGAGGUAGCACUCAAUGAGACUUGUUUAAUGGAUGAAUACAUUGUUGUCUGUGACAAUACAGUGCGUAAUUAAGCGUUUAUUAAGCAUUUAGUGUCUUAUUUAUUUCAACUGUUUCAAGUGUAUGGCCGCAUAGAAACAGACACAAACGCUAACUGAUCACAGUCGAACAUGACGAACAGAUCUAGCGGAGCAUUAAGCGUACUGAAGGAAUGUAACUGGAAUCAAAACUCAAACCGUGUCAGAGUUCAAGACGUCGAGACACCUCAAGUAAAAACUCACAACAGUGCUUUGUGGCACGUAACUGCUUUUCCAUCCAGCGUGCAGGAUCUGAGGACGACUGAAGGAAUCGUUUACAAGGACUGAGGAAUUCCAUUACAUCAGCAACAUUUCUGCUGUAGACCACGCCCGCCUCAGGCGGAAAAGCAUCGCCACUGGGCGUCAGCCGAGCAUGGAGACCCCUCCCAUUGCCCCCCCUCAACCCUUCCGACAAUCCAGUUUUCUCGGCCGAAGGCUGAAGGGGUCUAUUAAACGAGCAAAGAGUCAGCCCAAGCUGGACCGCACCAGCAGCUUCCGCCAAAUGAUCCUCCCACGAUUCCGCAGCGCUGAUCAGGACAGGACUCGUCUGAUGCAGAGCUUCAAAGAGUCUCAUUCCCAUGAAUCCCUGCUGUCUCCCAGUAGUGCGGCUGAGGCACUGGACCUCACGCUGGACGAGGACGCCAUCAUCAAACCGGUUCACUCCAGCAUUUUAGGGCAGGAGUACUGCUUUGAGGUGACGACUGCUUCGGGAACAAAGUGCUUUGCUUGUCGGUCGGCUGCAGAAAGAGACAAAUGGAUCGAGAAUUUACAGAGAGCUGUGAAACCCAACAAAGACAACAGCCGGAGGGUGGACAAUGUCUUGAAGCUCUGGAUCAUUGAGGCCCGGGAGCUGCCGCCCAAAAAACGCUACUACUGUGAACUGUGUUUGGACGACAUGCUGUAUGCACGCACCACCAGCAAACCCCGCACCGACACUGUCUUCUGGGGCGAGCACUUCGAGUUCAACAACCUCCCGGCUGUUCGCAACCUCCGGCUUCAUCUCUACAAAGAAACGGACAAAAAAAGACGUAAGGAGAAAAGCACAUAUCUGGGACUGGUCAGCAUCCCCAUAUCCAGCAUCACUGGUCGACAGUUUGUAGAGCAAUGGUACCCUGUGAUUCAGCCCAGUGUCCUGGCCAAGGGAGGGGGUGUGGGAGGGGGUAAAAUCAUCAAUGCCUCUUUGCGGCUCAAGUCUCGCUACCAGACCAUGAGCAUCCUGCCAAUGGAACUGUACAAAGAAUUUGCCGAGUACGUCACCAACAACUAUCGGACGCUGUGUGCAGUUUUGGAGCCUCUGCUGAGUGUCAAAAGCAAGGAGGAGGUAGCCUGUGCACUGGUGCACAUCCUACAAAGCACAGGGAAGGCAAAGGACUUUCUUUCAGACAUGGCGAUGUGUGAGGUAGACCGAUUCAUUGACCGAGAGCACCUUAUAUUCCGAGAGAACACCUUAGCCACCAAAGCUAUAGAAGAGUACCUCAAACUCAUCGGACAUAAGUACCUCAAGGAUGCUUUAGGUGACUUCAUCCGAGCGCUGUAUGAGUCAGAGGAGAACUGCGAGGUUGAUCCCAUGAGGACUCCACCUUCUGUUCUACUGGACCAUCAGGCGAAUCUUCGCAUGUGUUGUGAGCUUGCUCUCUGCAAAAUCGUCAACUCACAUUGCGUUUUUCCACGUGAGCUGAAGGAGGUCUUUGCGUCUUGGCGAGUACGCUGUGCAGAGAGGGGGAGGGAGGACAUUGCUGACCGCCUGAUCAGUGGCUCCCUCUUCCUGCGCUUCCUUUGUCCAGCCGUCAUGUCCCCAUCGUUAUUCAACCUCACCCAGGAAUACCCGGAUGAGCAGACAUCACGCACGCUCACCCUCAUAGCCAAAGUGCUGCAGAACCUCGCUAACUUCUCCAAGUUUGGCAGUAAGGAGGAGUAUAUGUGCUUCAUGAAUGAGUUUUUAGAGAUGGAGUGGGGCUCCAUGCAGCAGUUCCUGUAUGAGAUCUCCAAUCUAGACAGUAUAAGCAAUGCUGGGGCUUUUGAGGGAUACAUUGACCUGGGAAGAGAGCUUUCGGUCCUACACAGCCUCCUGUGGGAGGUCAUGGCUCAGCUCAGUAAGGAUGCCAUUAUCAAACUCGGACCAUUACCCCGUCUCCUGAAUGACAUCAGCAUGGCCCUUCGCAAUCCUCAUCUCCAAAGGCAGCCCAGUCACCAGACAGACAGACAGCCUCCGGAAAGACAGACAGACCGGUUACUCUCUAGACCCAGCUUCAACAGGGGAAUCUCCUCCGAGUUUCAGAACCUCAUGAUGAGGGACCUUAACAGUUCCAUAGAUAUCACUCGCUUGCCUUCUCCAACCUCCGCCAUGUCCAGCGGUGUCGUUCCUCCAUCGCGAGCUGGAAUGGGUGGAUACGUUGAUCGGGAUCAUCCGCACCGGGCCUCUUCUAAAGAUGUUUUCUACGUCACCCGUCCCCCGCUGGCCCGGUCCAGUCCUGCGUACUGUACGAGCAGCUCCGAUAUCACCGACCCAGACCCAAAGGACUCAAGAAUGAACAGCGUCUCUAACCUGCAGUCUGUGGGGGACAUGCUCAACUCUCCCCAGGCCUCACUUGCCGGGUUCGGUGGCCUUGGUGGUGCUGGAGGAGGCCUCGGAGGUCAGCUGCGCGCCGGCGGAGGGCGGAUGUCAGCCGGCUCAGGUGGCUCCAGUGUGUCCGGCGGCCUGCGACUAAGCCAGCUGAGCCAGACGGGGACCGCCACCGACUCGCUGUCCCAGCAGCAGCAGCAGCAGGCCGCCGCACUCCGCUACCCUCUCUCCUUCCAGAACCCUCUGUUCCACAUGGCCUCUGACGGGCCUCAACUCCAGCGCCAGCACAGUCGUGCUCAGGUGCCUCCACCCCUCCUGCUGGCUCCGGAGCCAGACUCCUCCCACCCUGCAUACUUGCCGCAGUUCGCCCGCGGCGCCUUCUCCCGGAGCGAAGACCUCUCCACGCUGAGACCUGGACCACACCUCGGCCAGCCCAGCAUUGUCCACUCCCACAGCUACAGCGACGAAUACAGCCGGGGAGAUUACGCCCGACGGCAACUCUCUAUGCACAUGCAGGAAAACCUCCAGCAGCAGCAGAUGAUGGGCAUGGCCUCACAGACGGGCACGUCUCAUUCCUCGCUCGCCUCGCCUCCCACCACUGUCCAGCCUGUCCGUCAGAGCUCCAUGGCUCCGCCUCCCACACAGCGCAUGAAGUCUCAAACCUCCCAUCAGCUCUCUGUGAGCGCGGCUGCCGGUGCCACGCCCCCCAGCAAGACGAGGCCUCAGAGCGGAAACCUGCUCCAGUCUCCUGAGUCGGGCUUCGGGGGCAGGCAGCAGGGCCCGCGGCAGCAGCUGUCCGUCAAGGAUAACACCGCCCCCGGCCUUCCUCAUCAGCACAGCUCCACCCGCGAGAGCCAGGGAUCUCAGGGUUCUCAGGGGGGAACACCACAGUCAACGCAGCAGUCUCACAAGGAGCGGCAACACUCGCAGCAGCACUUACUCAAGCCUUCCAUCAGCAAACAGGGCUCAUCUCCCAACACUUUGAACCCGCCCACCCCUGCCUCAGAAAGGACCGUCGCCUGGGUGUCCAACAUGCCACACCUUUCCGCAGACAUUGAGAGCUCACGCAUCGAGAGAGAAGAUUUUAAGCUAAAGGAGUACUCCAAAAGCAUGGACGAGUCACGUUUAGAUCGGGUACGGGAGUAUGAGGAGGAGAUCCAGUCUCUGAAGGAGCGUCUGAUGAUGUCCCACCGCAAGCUAGAGGAAUAUGAGCGGAGGCUAAUCACUCAGGAGCAGCAGACCAACAAGAUCCUGCUGCAGUACCAGAGCCGGCUGGAGGACAGCGAGAGGAGGCUGAGGCAACAGCAGGUGGAGAAGGACUCCCAGAUUAAAGGAAUAAUCGACAGACUCAUGGCGGUGGAGGACGAGCUGAGGGGAGGGGUAGCAUCAGAGCACAAAGCCAGGAUGUUUGCAGAUCAGGAAGAGCAGCUUCCCUCCCUGGGUUCUCCAGACCCCGGUGUGAGUGUUGGCGGAGGAGAAAUGAGCGCCGCUCCUGCCUUUGGAGUCUCACCCUCGGACAUCUCCUCCGACAACCCGCCCCAGAACGGAGGCCCGCCCCCCAAAGUAGCUUCUCCCACCCACUCCCAACUUCAUACACACGUCAGCCGGAACGGAGAGAUGCGCGCCAACCAAAAAGCCUCUAUGGCAAACGGGACCACAACAACAUCAAACAUGGGAAGCGGAUUAGAAGGAGGGGGAGCAGGUCUCUAACGGCGCUACGCCAAUCCGAAUGAAGAACGAUAACGUCCCUUUCUUCUGCCCUUUUUCAGCAUUUUUUUUCUGCAUGAGGCACAUCUUUAUUGGGAGGCGCUCAUCCUUACACCAUCCACACCAAACUACUAAAGGGCUCUCCAGUGGAUGGAUCUCAUAUUUCCUUUUGACUAAUGUAAAAAAACAAAACACAACUUUUCCAUCGUAUACUCCUCUGGAAUGACAUCGUAUGGUGGUGUCCAGUGAACCAAAUGUGGGUGAUUCUUGUGAAUGAUCUGAAUUCCUGAAUUUAGUUUUUUUGUUUUUUAAACAAUCAGCUGGGUAACUGACCUCUUGAGUGCUGUGUGAAACAAAAAGACAUAUAAUUCUCUAAAAAAAAAAAAAGUGGGUAAAAGGUCUAAACCUGUUCAGAAAACGCCAGCUUUCAAGGCCUUCUGAAGCAGAUACGCUCGUAUUGUCAUGUCGUCUGGCUUCCUUAGUGCCUUCUCUGCAUCCUUCAACAGGGUUUUCAAACAAGCAACAGAAUAACAAUCUCAACACCAUGUUUCCAUUUCGCAUCUCGCAUCUCGCUCGUUCACGUUAAAGUGACUUGGACGAUAUUGUGAUCUGGAACAGGGAAACGUUUUCAGAGUUUUUUCUUUCAAAAGCAGAAGAAGUGGUUUCUUUUUUUUUUUUUAGACUUUAACAUCACGCUUAAUGAGAAGUGCUCUUGGUCUUCGAAAUUUGAAAUGAAGGAAGCUGCCUCAGUAGACUUGCUGGACUUGUGCAAUGUUUUUCUCUUCUCAAUCUCAGAACCUGUGUGUGAUCAACUGGUGCUAUAGAUUAAGAAAAAAAACAGUGAUAUUUCAGAAAUCUGUCUCAUAGCACUGCCUCCCAUUAAUGCCCCGCCCCCUUCACCCCCAACUCCUUGUUGUCCAUUUGUCUUGCCAUGCUGUUCAUUGCUCCUCUGAAUGUUCAGUGUUUCAUGAAUGCAAUGUGAGGUGGUCUCUGUCAGGUUGUCUUCAUAUCAAAAUACGACAGUAGGCCAAUAACAGAGGAACUGAUCAUACUGUAAACAAUAUCUUUUUGCAUUUUUUUUGGCUUGCGUUUUACAGUACGUUUAUUAAUAAGUAUUCCCAAUGGUGUAGGGUUUGACACAAGGGACUAAUAAGUGACAGUGCAAUUACGUUUCUUUGUAGACUAUAGUUUAUUAGGCUUUUUUUUAAAAAGUAGCUCAAACUGUAGUAAACAUUUCAGCUAUAAUUAUACAGAGGUGCCAGUACUAACUGUCCUAACUUAAUCAUAACAAGCAUAUGGAAUAAAACAGAAUUUUACAAAAAAAAAAACUAACGUAUGUCACUGGACGUAAUGGCCAGGGUUUUUUUUUUCAGGUGUGCGCCAAGCAACAGUAAGAAGACAAAAGUCUGGUGAAACUGCUACUUAAUAAUAAUCAGCUACUGAAUAUUUUUUAACUGACGAGAAACACCACAACCCUGCCUUCUUGGUUUCUAUUGGCUCACAAGAACGAGGCUCGUGAAGUCACAGGUCAACUUCCACCUAGAUAAAGUCUGUGAAAUGAAAGUAACCACUUCCAGAAGCAGCUGCUCCCCUCGUGUGUCCUCUGUCCUUUCUCCUUCAGUGAACUGACUUAAUUUGCAUUUGUUCUGAAUGCUCAUUUAGCUAAAAGCUUGUAUUUAGCUUGAUUUAGCUUGUAGGAGUUUAGCAAAGAUUUAGUUAGCAACCGUAAAUGUUGGCACCUCUGAUUGCAGUGCCCAAACUUUUACCUUGACAAAUUUGCACAUACAAUAGCUCUACCUUAUAAUCUUAUAUACUGUAUAGAAUCAUGUCACGUGUCUGCAGAUUUUGUUAGAUUUCAUGUCCAUUUUAUUCAUGUUAUCAUGAUAAACCUGUUAUACUGUCAUAAUCAUGACAAGACCUGGCUUAUCCAAUGCAGCAGGCUUUGAAAUGUCUUUUGUAACUAAUUUGUUGUAAGCCUAUAGGCCUUAUAGGACUCAUGCUUGUGCUGCGAAGCACUCGACUCGAGUUGGAACUGAGUGUUGAUUGUAAAAAAAAAAAAAAAAAAAAUAGAUGCACUAAUAUAACAGGCUGAAAGGAGAAUAUGGGUUCAAAGAUGAACUGCACAAUAAGAGAAGCAUUAAUAUCUUUAACUGUAACGCUAAAGAUUAGCUUUGAGUCUAGAGAAGAGAAUGGACUGAUUACCUUUUGUUUCCCCAAGAGCCUUUAUUUUAUGGCUAUAUUACAAGCAAGUUUUUAAAAUUCAGUAAUAAAAAAGGCAUCUUUAAAGACAUGGUUGAAGGAACAUGGUCUACAGGGUCUCUGGUCGGUGAUAUACCUCAGCCACAGGAAUAAGAGACUCAGGUAAACAUUUUGCUUCAUAGCUUAGCGCAGGGUAGUCGGUCCAUCUCUUCUCUAAGAAGUAGCAGUGAUUUCUUCGCACUUCUGCAUCCCUUUUCUCCACUAUUUUUCUUUGUAUCCCGUCUCUCUCCCACCAGCCAAUCGCACAGCUUUGUGGAGGACAAUCUGGAAUCUAAUUGGACGUCUCAGCUAGGACCGUCCUCGGGAUGGCGUGGCUUUAACGCCAGGGCGCUGUCUCGCGACUCGCUCGCUUGACAGAGAGGAAACUGAGGCUCUGAAAAUUAGAGCCCCAGAUGACCCAAAGAGAACAUAGGUACCCUUCGUCUCCUGCUCUUUCUCUGACUGUGUAGGACGUUAACUUUCAGCUUUCACAACAAACCACGAACGAUGUCUCAGUGAGGCUUUGGAUGUGCAUGCGGGAAAGGUGUCGAGGAUGAUCUCUGUCUCUUGUUCAAACGUUUGAGCAAUGCUUUACAAAUUUACACAAAGAACUCUGUGACCAUCUCAUCCAGAGGGAAGGAGACGUUUCCAUGGGUGUUUCAAAAGGUGCUGUUCUUCUAAGACAUGACAUCUACAGAUUCAUUCUGCUUAUUAUGGCUCUCUGCGUUUUCGAGUCUCUUCAUUCGAGGUAUUUAAAUAUGCAUAAAAAUAUAUAACGGUGAAACGAACCACUUGUGAGGCGCGCAUGGAGAAUGGAAAUGCCCGAUUUUUUUUUUUUCAAUGUAAUCAUGCCACACUAUCACACGUGCUUCAGUUAGACUUUGAUGAGAAGAAAAUAACUGUUUGAGAAGCAAGUUUCUUUGGCUUUUGUCAUUUUUAACCUGCUCCCCCUACUUCGACUCUUCCCACGUCGCAGUGAUCUGCCUCUGAAACGAAGCAGACGGAGUUAUUUUUUUGAAUUACAAACUAUCCGAUCCUGAAAUCCCGGAUGAGGAAAUGUUGCCUCUUGUUUAUCCGCAUGGCAGUCGAGAGUUCACUGGAUUGGAGAUAACAUUAACUUUAACUUCUGGACUUCAUGGCUGAGCAGCCUGGACAUUUUUCAUUUUUUUUCUUCCUUUAUUUAUUUUUUUUAAACAAUUGCAGGUAUGUAUUGCAGUUGAAAUAAUGUUGUGUAGUGGGUGAAUGUGUGUAUAUACAGUGUGUGUACAGUGUUUGUGUAUAUACUGAUGUAUGGGUAUAUAUUAUAUGGACAUGUACAUAUGAUUUGUUUAUAUAUGCAUUGUACAGAAUGUAUUUUGUCCGAGAGGAGGAAACUUUUCUCUUUUUCUUUUUCUUUUUUUUUUUUUUUUUGAGACGAAGUGGCAAUUUCGAGGCAGGUGUCUUUGGAAGCACUUUUUUGCACAGACUUAACAUACGGAGUCUGAGACGUAUGAUGCAUCACCAUUACGCUGCCACACACCUCGAGCUUGCACCCAUUUUCUCAUUGACUGGGGCAUUUUGUAAUAGUUUCUAGGUGACAAAGCAAUGUUUGUAUAUAUCUAUAUAUUAUCUAUAUACGGAAUAUAACAAUAUUUCUGAUUAAUUUUCAUCUUCAUGGCUGUUGAUUCUUACAGCUGGGUGUUUUCAGUGCUCCAGUGUGUGUGUGUGUGUGUGUGUGUGUGUGUGUAGGCUCGCCUUGAGCUGCAGAUGAAUCCGUUUAUAAGGUCAACCCCUCGAGAUAUUUACUGUCCCAAUUUAUUCUAUUGACCUUUUGUACACCUAACACUUUUUCCCCCUUCCCUGCUUUUCUUGUUUUCUUUUUAAAAUAAUUUAUUUUAUCUUUAAUCCCUGGAAAUAGAUGGAGUUCCCAUGAUGUGCCUCCUUCUGCUAAAUCUUCAUUUGACCUUUGUCAGCCAUAAGAAAAUCAUAUCCAUUCUCCUUGACAAGCCAUAAGCCCCACCCCAAAAAAUUAUCUUUUAUGAAAAGGGCAGACAUUUGGGGAUUUAAUUCUCUUCUUCUUUUUUUGUAUAUAUAUAUAAAUAUAUAUAUAUUAAUGGAAAGAGUGAUCAAUUUGGAGUGUUGCUAAUGUUUAUGGAUUUGUUAUGAAUGUUGAUAUUCUGGUUAUUGAAUUGUAAUUAUUAUUAUUAUUAUUAUUAUUAUUAUUAUUAUUAAUGUAAUAAUGAUUGGGAUUGCUAUUCUCAUCCUUUAGUUUAUUCAAUGCUGUUGAAAAUAAUGCGUUCAUUUCCAUUAUUAUUAUUCUUUUUUUUUUUUUUUUUUGGACUAAGCAGGUAUUUAUAUUUCGGGGUGGGUGAAUCAUAGAGAUGAGAUUAAUA